AUGAAGCGCCGGAGAUUGCGGUCAAAGCAAAGGCCUCCCCCAUGCUAUGAUGAAAAAAGAGAUAGUGAGGACGGUCAUGUUUUACCACUUGCUGCGAGUGCAGCUGUUGCAGUUGGCGAGAGUCAUGCAUGUGAGGCGGGCCCUGCAGAAGCGGAAAUUGUUGAUGCUGCAAACGCAGCCCUUGCUGAAGCUGUGGACAAUGAUGGGCAUGAAAAUGCAGAUGCCGCUAUUCGUUGGCAGUUGCUGAGUACGUAUAAGACUGUGCAAGGCUUGGUUGCAGCUGUGAUUCGUGAGAAGAGCGAUGAGGAGCUCCACAACAUUUCAAUCAACAUCAUCUUGGACGAUAUCCAGGCAAAAGCUUCCAACAAAAUCAGCAUGUCAGAACUUCUGGAGGAGAAAGACGAGUUUGUAGCGGCUACAAUGUCCGCAGUUCCAAAAGAGCUCUCUCGACGAUUGCUUCUUGCUGUGAACAAGCCACAGGCGCAUGCCGGGCGACCAGCACAAAUAGAUUCACAAUGUGUCCAAAAGACUUACCUGCUCACCUUCUCCAACCUGGAUCCAAGCAAUGCUCCCACCAGGGAAACCAUCCUUGAGACCGUCUUGCAGGCAUUUGGCGCUGCAGGCUAUGGUUCGGAUGUUUGCGUGACGCAUGCCUGCGUCUUCCGGGAGACGCAUGGCAGUGGGCAGUGGCACUUCCAUGUGCCGACAGCAUUGUCGCACCCUUGUCGAUGGGUUGGAUGGAAAAAAGAGUUGUCGAAAGCUGGCUACAUUGCUCAUUUUGCAAACAUGGCUAUUGAUGACCACAGCAAGCACAGAAAAAUGCAAUAUGCCCAUAUGUUGCGGUACCUCUGGUUGCCAUCUGACAAGAAGGGCCUGUCCGCCUUGGACAAAGAUCCCUUGUUGUGGUGCAGUGGGGGCCGGAAGCAUCCGCCUCUUCUAGAUGCGAUCAAUGGGGUCUUGGACAGUACUGCAAUUGAAGAGAAGGUGGCAGAGCGUUUUUUGCAGCGUUGGUCUGCGGGCAAGCGUGGGCCAUGCAAAUUCUCUGACUUGGAGUUAUGGCCAAUAGUGAAAGAGCUUGGGCUCACUGUCGAUGACCCUGUCCUGCUUGCUAAACUCCUUCAGCAUGGGCGAAAUUCCGGAAAUGAAAGAUUGCUGAACUACCUCUUCCGCACAAACAACACCAUCAGAGAGAAGGUCGCCAUGUGCUGCACACUAGAAUCAUGUGAUCGCGUCAUCGCAGAUUCUCAGACAACUACGUGGAAGCGUGUCACUGCCGCCUUGGGGCGACAGUGUUGUUGUGACAGAACUUGGGCACCAGCAGCUCGCGAGAUUCUCCGCAACAAUGACAUUGAGGAGGGGAAGCUUUGCCAACAUUUGCGUCAGGCCCUCAUGCUGGGCAUGCAGAAGAAGGGAGACGCAGUAUGCUUCACAGGUUCCGGAAACGAGGGCAAAAGCUUCAUUUUGAAGCCAUUGCGUGAAAUUUUCCAGCGCGUGUUCGCCUGUCCAGCUCGAGGGUCGUAUCCUCUCUUAGAUUUGCCGCAGUCCCAAGUGGUCAUUUUAGAUGAUUGGAGACCUGACCAUGGAGCCUUGGAUGUCAGCAGUUUGUGGCCCAUCGCAGACACUCGUGGGGGACAGAAAAAGGGCCUGAUUCGGCAGCAUGAGCCAGUGUCGUACUUGUGCCAGACAGUUUCAGUAGAUCCUUUACUCAUGUCAGUAGCCGCCGAAGCCGUGGCCUGCUUGGCAGAGAAGAAGGUGACAGAACUCCGAGCAGCCCUUCUGCUGAACAAAAAGCACAUACGAAAUUGCCAGCAGCAAUCUCGCAGAGAAGCUGCUUCGCUGCUCAAAGGCGGCCUUUCUUGCCACUCUGAGCGAAAAGUUUUGGCCGUCUAUGCUUUGUCAAACUGGGAUUUGAGUUUGGCUCUGCGAGCGGCACAGCGCUUGAAGAUGGUGCCUGAGGGGAGCGAGAGCUCAGCAGUCUCUGGUGAUGCGGCUGCUGCGCAUGGAGGUCAACGAGGUGGAGCAGAUGGGACAGCUUUGGUGGAUGUGCCGAGGCCAGCUCACUUGCCCCUGGACUUCGGACAGCCAGCUCGAGAUCCUCAAGGUCUUCUAGCUCCUUUGGUUCGGGGCGCUCUUGGUGAUGGUCGAGCUCUACAAGCUGAUCAGGGUCAAGUUGGACAUUCAGGUCAAGUUCAACACGGCGAUCAAGGAGGUCGUGCUCAGGUGAACGAUGGGUCAAUGACUAGGAGGGGCACGGAGACAGUGAACCCUUUCUGGAGUUCUGAUGUGAGGAGAAAUGCUCUCAUGUCAGGUCAAGGACGUCUACCAGGUGACGUGGGGCUGACUCGCAACUUGCAGCCGGUGAUGGAUGCAGCGGGAAGCGGCCGGACUGGCCAGGACCUGGAUGAAGGUGAACUUGAGAGGAUCCGGCAAAGGGUCCUGCGUGAAGCGGAGGAGAACUUCAAGCUGGAGAUCAGGAAGCUUCGUGGUGAGGUGGGGACAGACUCCAGGUCUUACCAUUCGGCUUCAUCUGGUGGUGACCAGGGAGCUCCUUCGGCAGCGCAAGGUGAUAGAGCAGCUUCUGGAGCUACUACAACUCCACUUCGGGGGAUUGGCAUGGCUUGGCAGCGAUGUCAACUCCUGGACAAGGAGAUCGCGGUGGUGCUGUGGUCAAUGGAACGCCAGUGGCAGGUGUUCCUUCUCCGCCUGGUUUGGAUCAACGAGGAGCUCCCAGCCAUGCCGGCUCCGGGUGUGGAAGGGGCUUCAUUAGCCUUUGGAGACUGGCUUGCACUGGCUAGUCCACAAAUGUCAGACAUUGGAGCGGUAUCCCGGGAUUGGUGGAUCUAUGUCUUACAGCAGGUGGAGGAGCACUAUGAAAGAUGGUUGGUGGCUGGUCAUGUGGAUCGCCUUCGCCUACGUCCUGGUGAUUGUCCUCACAAAACAGCUUUGGGUGGCAUCAACGGCGUCGACACCAAAACGCCGAGAAGGGUCAGUAAGAUCAAGGAAAGGAUGACUCCGGAGAAGGGUAGUCCUGGUGCAGCUCAAGGGGAGAAGGUCGCCAAGGUGGUUGCACAGGAUGAGGUCAAAGGGGCAUCAACGGAUGGGGUUGCAGCUGAAAAAGAGCCUGUGAAGGCUCCGGUGUCUGUUGCUCCUGCUCAAGUUCAAGAAGCUCCCAAGGAGACGGCGGCAGAUCUGAUGAAGGAGAAGCUGGGCUUGUACCUCAAGGAGACGGAGCGCAUCUGGUGGAAGGAGCACUUUCCGGAAGUCCCAGAAGAGGUGCUUCGACACAUGGUGGGUCAGGGGGAGGAUCCAAUGGUGUGGACAUGCCCUUGGAAUAGAAGGCAGCGUCGGGGACAUCGUCGAGUGUGGGCUUACUUGUGGAAGCUUGCAGAGGGUGGCUUCAUCAAGGCAGUGAUCGGUGGCCCACCUUGCAGGACCACAAGCCGAUUGAGAAAUCGUGGACCUCCGGGACCCAGGCGUCUCCGUGGAAGAGAUGAUGAGCGGUGGCACCUGGAUCACCUGGAUCCCUUCGAGUUGGAACUUGUCAACAGUGACAGCGCGCUGAUGUUGAAGCACAUGGCGCUGUGGGUGAAGUCAAAUGAAUGCCGGACUCUGCCAAUGGAGCCAACUGGUUUUUUCAUGGAGUCCCCUGAGGAUCCCAAGGACUACUUGGAGGAUGAGGAGGAAGCCAAGAUUUGUCCGAGCUUCUUCAACUUCAAGGAGCAAAUCUUCUUAUAG